CGUCACGUGACGCGGUGGCGGGCUCCUCCGAAACGGUGGCGGCUGCGAAAGGACGGCUGCAGCCAUGGCUAUGCAGGUGCAGUUCGAGGCAAACGCCGACACAUCUGCAGAGGAGGAGAGCUUUGGCCCAGAGCCCAUAUCUAGGCUAGAGCAAUGUGGGAUAAAUGCAAAUGACGUGAAGAAAUUAGAAGAAGCUGGAUAUCACACUGUUGAGUCUGUUGCACAUGCACCCAAGAAGGAGCUGUUAAAUAUUAAAGGCAUCAGUGAAGCCAAAGCUGAUAAAAUCUUGGCUGAAGCAGCUAAACUGGUUCCAAUGGGUUUUACCACAGCAACGGAAUUCCAUCAGCGGAGGUCUGAAAUCAUCCAGAUCACCACUGGGUCCAAAGAACUUGAUAAACUUCUUCAAGGAGGAAUAGAAACAGGGUCCAUAACAGAAUUAUUUGGGGAGUUUCGUACUGGAAAAACACAGUUGUGCCAUACUUUGGCAGUAACCUGUCAACUUCCCAUUGACCAAGGAGGUGGAGAAGGAAAAGCCAUGUAUAUUGACACUGAAGGCACCUUCCGUCCAGAACGUCUUCUUGCUGUGGCUGAAAGGUAUGGCUUGUCUGGCAGUGAUGUCCUGGAUAAUGUGGCGUAUGCUCGAGGCUUUAACACAGAUCACCAGACCCAGCUCCUCUAUCAGGCAUCUGCUAUGAUGGCUGAAUCACGGUAUGCACUGCUGAUAGUGGACAGUGCAACAGCUCUGUAUCGGACAGAUUACUCUGGAAGAGGUGAGCUGUCAGCGAGACAGAUGCAUCUGGCCAGAUUUCUGCGUAUGCUUCUCCGACUUGCAGAUGAGUUUGGUGUGGCUGUUGUGAUCACUAACCAAGUUGUGGCACAAGUAGAUGGAGCAGCCAUGUUUGCAGCAGAUCCCAAGAAACCUAUUGGAGGAAAUAUCAUAGCCCAUGCGUCCACCACCAGACUUUAUCUGCGAAAAGGCCGAGGUGAAACCAGAAUAUGUAAAAUUUAUGACUCUCCUUGCCUUCCUGAGGCUGAAGCAAUGUUUGCUAUUAAUGCUGAUGGAGUGGGAGAUGCAAAAGAGUGAAGACUUCAUCUCAUUCCCCAUGUAAACUAAGACUGGGUGGCCACAAUCGGCUCCUGUGAUGGAAGCUUUCCCAAUGCACCUGCUGUUCAAAUGCUGUCCGAGGAUUCUGUUGUAUGUCAGCAUACAUGUUCAUCAUGUGAAUCCAAUUUGAGACACGUCUGCAGGUGUUGCUUGGAAGAGACUGGGUUUUAGUCAAGUGUUAGGUUAAUGUGUGGUUUCUUGAGAAUAUUUUCAGAGCACCAUAUGCUUGAAGUUUUCUUCACAGCUGUUGCUCCCAUUGAGUUCUACAGGUGGACAUAGCACCUGUGAUCUGAAAAUUUGUGGCAAUAGUUUGUAAUUUAAUGACUUUGAAGUAAGUCAGGUAAGAAACGUGGUGGCUUGAGAACAUAACAGGUUGCCUUAAUAAUUAGUUACAAAAUAAAGCAGAAUAGCAUUCCACAAAAAGCAUGUGUGAAUAUUGCUGUGUCUGAGAUUAUCAUCGACCCCUAAUCUUUUUGUUAAUUUUGCUUUGAAUUCUGCAAUAUGCUGCUUUUUGGGAACUGCUAAUUUACAUUUCAAUGAUGUUGUUUAUUGUAUGUCAUUAUUUCUCUCUGGAAAUCUGCUUUUUAAUAAAAAGACCAUGAAAAUAUUGAUGACAUUACAGGCGCCUGGACUUUAGCCAGGUGCUAAUUCAAACUUAGGUACUCUUUGCCUGCAGGUAGGGAAAAGAUCUUCAGUGACUCUCAACGUGGGGUGUUUUUUUUUUUUCUACAAAACUUCAUUUCCUUUUCUGAGACGUGCUGUACAGCUGCUUGGUUGCUGACAGUUGCCCUAUAUACUGGUGAAACUGUGACCAACUGUAAGACCCUGUCCUUGCACUCUAUGUGCUGCUGGUGGCCGACACCUGGCAGUGGUUUGUUGUAGGCUGACAUGACUUGAUCACAGUGUUAGUGUUGUACAAUUUAAUCUAACAGAACACAUUAUUCUUUUCAAAGUCUCUGAACAACUGAGGUAACCUCUGAAGUUCCCUCUGUUCAUCCAAUGCUUAGCAUGCAAACUGCUUUCUCUGUAGUCCACAGCACUUCUCUAGGUCAAGCUGAAAGGUUUGUAACUGCCACAAAACCUAACAAAAUGGGAAAAAUUUUUCCUCUUCUCUAAGCUCUUAUACAGCCCUCUAAGCUUUUAUACAGCCCAGGCUUGGAGCUCGGUGGGAUUUGGGUCUUUUCUUUUUAGCACAAGAACCUUUAGGAAUGUCCUCAAGUUAUCUGAUGACAUCCCAUGGCAAGUAUU